AUGUUAAGUGUAUAUUUUGUGAAGUCUGACAAAUCUUCAGUUCAAUACACGGAUUGGGUUUGUGCGGGUGCGCUCGUCUCCAAACUCUAUAUUAUAACCGCCGCCGCCUGCUUAGAAGAUGUCCAAUAUCUAUACGCUGUCGCCGGAUAUACUGUUUUGGUGGAAUAUGAAAAUAUUGAUAAAGAUUUGUGCACAAAGCUUUAUAAGAGGAAAGUCAUAUAUACAUGUGUACCGAAAGCUUACGAGUUUGAUUACGCUAAUGUAGAGAAAUGGUCAGCUAUCGAUAUAGGCGUAGCGAAAGUCGAUUCUGAAUUCGAUUUUGAUAAAGGUGCUUGUUCAUUCAGACCUCAGCCUAUAGACAUUAAUUACGAUCCUAAGUAUCAAGUAGCGGGUGUCGACGCAAUUGUCUUAGGCUGGGGACAUAAGUCAAUAUGGAAACAACCGGGAGAUGAAACACGUAUGGUACAAAAGAAUCUUGAUUACGCACCAGUAUCGAUUAUAAACAAAAACAAAUGCAAAGAUGGUUACAAGGAAUUUCCAGAUUUACUAGCAGUGAUAGAUAAAUACAUGAUUUGUACUCAUGGAAAGGGAAAUCUCGACAUCGGAGGUAACAUUAUAGCUACGAUCAAGCCAGAUGCUGAAGGGUGCACCAAUUAUGAGGUAAACUAUUGA